AGAGGGGACAAGGGGAUGAGCGCGGUGCCCUCUCCUGCGGGGACAAAACCGCGACAGAGCGGGGGCGACGCGGCUGCGGAGAACCGCGGGCUGCGCUCCGUGGGACCCCCCCGGGGAUGCACGAACCCCUCCCGGGGCACCCCCGCCCCGCGGGGGGACGGUCCGGCCCCCACGGCCGGGGAUUCCCGGGGAGAGGCGGUGCGGGGACAUUCCCGGGGCGCGGACGGGGAAUCCCACGGUCCGUGGGGAAAGCGUCGCUCGGGGGGUGCGAGCGCGAAGCGCUCCCGAUGCUCGGGGGGGUCCCCGCGGGAGGGGCCGGUCCCGGUGCCACCCCCGCCGUGUCUCCUCCCUCCCGGCCGGUGCGAGGCGCCUGCGCUGCCCCGCGCCCGCCGCUCCGAGCCCAUGGCAUCUCCGGCCGUGGGGCCGUGCCCCCGCCCGCCGCCGCCCGCCGGGCCCGGCUCCGUGCGGCCCGCGGGGAGCCCCGGCGGGGCCCGGGCAGCGCGGCGGCUGCGGAGGCGCGGGGGAGCCCCGCGGCUGCUGCCCGACGUGCGGAGCAUCUUCGCGGCGCCGCGGGAGCCCCCCGAGCGCGGCCGCGGGCACCGCUUCGCCCCGCGGCUGCCGCGCCGGGGGUGGUGCGACCUGUGCGGGGAGGCGGUGCGGGAGCGCGCCCUGCGCUGCGACUACUGCAGGUACACGUGUCACCAGGAGUGUCGCAGCCUGAUCCAGCUGGAUUGCCGCCGGCCGGGGCAGUGCCAGAGCCAGCUGUCCCCGGAGAGCACCCUGCUGCCACCCCGCGGCCAGAAUGCCACGCAAACGGUAGAAGAGGAAAAGCCCAAGCCUCCCACCGUCCAGGAGAUCAAACAGAGGAUUGAAAAGUACAAUGCAAAGGUCACCAACUGCCUGUUGAUGAAACUGAACGACGAUGGGACGUACACGGGGUUCAUCAAGGUGCACCUGAAGCUGCGGCGGCCGGUGACGGUGCCGGCCGGGAUCCGGCCCCAGUCCAUCUACGAUGCCCUCAAGGAGGUGAACCUGGCGGAGAUGACGGACAAGAGAACCUCCUUCUACCUGCCCCUGGACGCCAUCAAGCAGCUGCACAUCAGCAGCACCACCACGGUGAGCGAGGUGAUCCAGGGGCUGCUGAAGAAGUUCAUGGUGGUGGAUAACCCGCAGAAGUUUGCGCUUUUCAAGGAGGUGCGGAAAGAUGGGCAAGUGCUCUUCCAGAAGCUCCCUCUCACCGAGUACCCCCUGUACCUGCGGCUGCUGGCGGGCCCUGACACGGAUGUGCUGAGCUUUGUGCUGAAGGAAAACGAAACGGGGGAAGUUGAGUGGGACGCCUUCUCCAUCCCAGAGCUGCAGAACUUCCUGAUGAUCCUGGACAAAGAAGAGAAGGACAAAAUCCAGCAGGUGCACAGGAAGUACGAGAGGUUCAAACAGAGACUGCAGCAGACCCUGAAAGAGGCCAGAGGCAAACCUGGAUAACCUUCAGGAGGCACUGGGCAUCAGACUAAGCUAGAAACUGUUUUUAAAUGAAAAGACUUCUCAGGACACCUUAGUAUUCAUUCUCCCUCUUCAAUCUUCUAUAAGGACUGGCUCCCAGCACCCCUAAAAUGAUCCUAUGGCAUUUUCUUCUUCUGAAACCUCUCCUCCCAGGACCAGAGCCAGCCCAAGAACGGGAAGGUUGUUUUAAAACAGCUCCAACAAAGCAAACACAGCUGCUGGCUGCCUCUCCAGCCCUGCCAUCCGUGGACAAUUCUCGGUGUGACACACCAGGACCCAUCUGCUGGCUGAAGAUUUGAGCAGGGCAGCUCCUGCUGUCCCUGCUCCUCCCAGCGAGCUGCUGGUUCCUGUUUGGAGGUGCUGUGGCCCACAGUGGCCUCGUGGCCCAGUUCUGGUUUCGUAAGGAGAGCACGGGGAAGGGGAGGAGGUUGUUGCACCAAACCACGUGGGUGUUGCAGCUCUAACCAAGCCCUGCGCUUGUUCAGGGCUGAGGCAGUCAGGGAAAUGCCAGGUUAGGACACCACUGCAACACCACAAAAUUUACUGUGAGUAAAUAUUAUUGCAGCUUGGAAAUUCCCAGGAAAAUCACUCAUUUUUAUUCUAUUUGACUUCUAAUUUUAAAGAGCUGAGUUACAGCGAAUGUCCUUGAUGCUUAGCUAAGUUAGCCAGUGUUUCUCCAGUUCUCUGUAUAGGAAUUGGGACCAUUCCUCUCCCAUAGGAAUUGGGACCUAUGUUUCCAGAAAUUCUGUUUGAAAAGUGUAAAGGGAUGGUUGGGGCACAGGCUUGGGGUUCAGUGUUGAAGGUUUAGCAGUACAUGUCCAUCAGAGGAACCCAGGGAAGGUCAAAAGCCCUUCACAAAUCAGAUUUUGAGCUGUGAACAUGCCUGGCCCCGUGGGAGAGGAGCCCCAUCCAGGGCUGUGUGUGGAGGUGGCACCAAGUAAGGGAAUUACUGUCCUUGGAUGCUUUCUGCUCACCUCACCUGUGCUUCCUCCUGCUCCUGGCAGUGCUGUCCCAGCGCUGCUGUCCCUGUCACACCCUCCCUGUGCCCUGUUCUCCCUCCCCACUCUCAACUGGUGCUGUCCUGCACGUCCAGGAAGCUUCCCAGGAUUUGCUCUCCCCGUGGAGUCAGGAGAGGAGAGCAGGUCUCUCCGCCUGGCUCAGGGCUCCCAGCACGCCGAGCAUCCCUCAGCGAAGUCCUGGGGCUGCAGGCUGGGUCCCUGCCCUCGCUGAGGCCCUGCAGGGAUCUCUGCUGGGCAGGGAAUGCUGCAGGGAUCCCAGGGCUGGGAAUGCUGCAGGGAUCGCUGCUGGGCAGGGAAUGCUGCAGGGAUCCCAGGGCUGGGAAUGCUGCAGGGAUCGCUGCUGGGCAGGGAAUGCUGCAGGGAUCCCAGGGCUGGGAAUGCUGCAGGGAUCGCUGCUGGGCAGGGAAUGCUGCAGGGAUCCCAGGGCUGGGAAUGCUGCAGGGAUCGCUGCUGGGCAGGGAAUGCUGCAGGGAUCCCAGGGCUGGGAAUGCUGCAGGGAUCCCAGGGCUGGGAAUGCUGCAGGGAUCGCUGCUGGGCAGGGAAUGCUGCAGGGAUCGCUGCUGGGCAGGGAAUGCUGCAGGGAUCACUGCCGGGCUGGGAAUGCUGCAGGGAUCCCAGGGAGAGCACAGGUCCCAGGUUUUUUACCCUCAGUGCUUCCCAGGGAGAGCACAGGUCCCAGGUUUUUUACCUUACGUGCUCCCUCCCGGGCACACUGCACACACCCAGGGCCAGCCCUGCCUGCUCACACCAGGGCAGGGAGCGGGGAAUGGCAGCGCUGGGAUGGAGCAGGGACAGGGUUUGUCCCUGUGAGCCCACUGUGGCUACUGUGAUCCCACCUGCACCCACACGGAGGGGAGGCAGCAGGUUGUUGGGGAAGGAGUCUAAAAUUUACCUCAGUGCCUUUUUUUUUCCCUUAAGUGUGAAAACUUUGCAUUUUGGGCUAAGGAGGAAGCUGUGCAGAGGCCUCGUCCCCCCUGUCCCCACAGCCCUGGUGUGACGAGGCCCUCGUGUCCGGGGAGGGAUGAGGAACUUUGUUUCUUUCUGGAAGGUGAUUGCUUGGGAUUUUUUUAUUUUUCCAGAUUUUGAGUCUGUUUGUUUCUAAACCUUACGAGAGUAACUGCAUCACUUGGAGCCCUCGGUUGGUGUGAGAGCCACUCUGUGCCAAGCUCAGUGGCAGCAGUGAGGGUUUGCUCGCAGGGCUCUGCACAGGAGCCCCCAGCUGUACUGUACUCUACACCCAACGACCUUUAACAACUGCUGGCUUGAACAGAGCAGCCCUUGCCGGCUCUGGGGCUGUUUGUCCAGCUACAAGCAGGCUUAGCACUUCACUUUUCGCUUGUGGAGUCAUUUCAAUACCGUUUGUCUGGUGCUUUGAGCCUUGACAGAACCCUAUAAAUACUUCAGUUCCACCGCGGGGAAGAAGCGCUGUAAAAACCGCCAGUGGUUCAGAGGGAAGAGCCACACGCUUGGUUUGGAAUCCCUUCUCUUUCUGAUUAAGAGUUGUGCAGGUUUUUUUUAAUUUUAUUUUUUGGUGAGUGUCGCCCCUCCCCUGCCAGCCCCAGCAUGUCUUUACAGUCUGUAGAAGGCAUGGCUUCGUAUGCAAUCACUGUGGAUGCUGCUGAAACCCUCCUGCCACCAGCAGGGCUCGCUCCUUUGGGUUUUAUUUUUAUUUUCAAUAGGAGGGGCAUCAGAAGAGUUGGUGGGUGCUGGAACUCCAAUUCUGGUGGGUCAGUCGAGCUGGUUUUAGAAGCAUUUGCCCCUUCUUUAAGCGCAAAUCCUGUUGGCAGUGCCUUUGGUUAGCAAUCGUCUCGCCUAGGUCGUGUGAGUUUAUUUUCCAUGGCUACUGUAAAACCUGUAAAAUUAUCUGUAUAGAAUGAAUAGUAGAGGCUAUGGCAAAGUGAAAUUCUAUUAUUUAUUUUUAUUACUGCCUAGUGAGUCUAUGGCAUUUUUAAAAAACGUCUUUCAGCUUUUUUUGAAGGUUCUGGAACUAUUUUGUUCAGAUGCAGACAUUGUAAGACCCAAUGAUAAUAAAACUGUCAGUAAUUAAAGAAA